AUGAGAGCUCGACAUGCCGUCUAUCACGUCGCAUGUUUCUCCUGUGUGGCUUGUGAACGCCAACUGAAAACCGGUGAUGAAUUUCAGAUCAAAGGGAAUUCGCUGUAUUGUAGAGCUGAUUGCGAAGCCGGAAAUGUACCUGAGCCGUCCUCAAUCCCGACCCCAUCGAUGUUCGCCAAUGAUGACUCAUGGGAAACGUCCACGAUGACGUCCUUGGAUCAUACGAGCAGCCCUCCACUUUCCGUACGCUCACCGAAAUCCGACGACAUGAGCACUCCGCAGAACAACGGCUUUCCAUAA